AUGCCUGAAGUGUAAAGAAAGUCCAAGAUCACCGCAUCCCGCAAACUCAUGCUGAAGAGCCUGAUGCUGGCCAAGGCCAAAGAAUGCUGGGAGCUGGAGCAUGAGGAGCGUGAGGCUGAGAAGGCCCGCUACCUGGCAGAGCGCAUCCCCACGCUGCAGACCCGAGGCCUGUCCCUCCGUGCCCUGCAGGAGCUGUGCCGGGAGCUGCACGCCAAGGUGGAGGUGGUGGAUGAGGAGAGAUAUGACAUCGAAGCCAAAUGCCUGCACAACAGCAGAGAGAUCAAGGACCUGAAACUGAAGGUGCUGGAUCUCCGUGGGAAGUUCAAGCGCCCGCCCCUGCGCAGGGUCCGGGUCUCAGCGGAUGCCAUGCUCAGGGCCCUGCUGGGCUCCAAGCACAAGGUGUCUAUGGACCUUCGGGCCAACCUGAAGUCUGUGAAGAAGGAAGACACUGAGAAGGAGCGGCCCGUGGAGGUGGGCGACUGGAGGAAGAACGUGGAAGCCAUGUCCGGGAUGGAAGGCCGGAAGAAGAUGUUUGAUGCUGCCAAGUCUCCGACCUCACAGUAG